AUGCAAGGGACCAAGUCCCAGAUCCCAAACAGCUCAGGGUCCUGUGGACAGACCACUGAAUGGCAAUGGCUGCAGGUAAGCAUCCUUGAAUCCCGCUGGGUGUGGUAUGGACCACGGGGCCCUGGAAAUGGGUUUGAGGCUUCGAAUGUGAGUGCAGCCCAACUUCUGCUCAUGUUGGAAACACUCUGGGUCCCUAUGGGAACUAGGAGAGAUUGGCCAUCGCUCUCAGUCUUUUCCCGUCUCUCUCUAGACUCUCGGUCCUCCUGGCUCCUCACCUUCACCCUGUUCUGCUUGCUCUGGCCUCAGGAGGCUGGUGCCUUUCCUGCCAUGCCCUUGUCCAGUCUGUUUGCCAAUGCUGUGCUCCGGGCCCAGCAUCUGCACCAGCUGGCUGCUGACACCUACAAAGAGUUUGAGCGUGCCUACAUCCCCGAGGGACAGCGCUAUUCCAUUCAGAAUGCCCAAGCUGCUUUCUGCUUCUCUGAGACCAUCCCAGCCCCCACAGGCAAGGAGGAGGCCCAACAGAGAUCCGACAUGGAAUUGCUUCGUUUCUCGCUGCUGCUCAUCCAGUCAUGGCUGGGGCCUGUGCAGUUCCUCAGCAGGAUCUUCACCAACAGCCUGAUGUUCGGAACCUCAGACCGCGUCUACGAGAAACUGAAGGACCUGGAAGAGGGCAUACAGGCACUGAUGCAGGAGCUGGAAGACGGCAGCCCCCGCAUUGGGCAGAUCCUCAAGCAAACCUAUGACAAGUUUGACACCAACAUGCGCAGUGAUGACGCCCUGCUCAAAAACUACGGGUUACUCUCCUGCUUCAAGAAGGACCUGCACAAGGCUGAGACCUACCUGCGGGUCAUGAAGUGCCGCCGCUUUGUGGAAAGCAGCUGUGCCUUCUAG